AUGUUCGCAAACACUCUUACGGUCUUCUCGAUCUGCCUACUCCUGUGUGCCCUGCUGGGACGAGCACAGUCCUCUGGAUCAUCGUGCCCCUCAGAAGGUGCCACAGAAUGGAGCUUAGAGUACGGCAUCCCCCUUCUCGCCUAUGAAAAAGGGUUCGGAGGACUGUUGAAAGCAGGCCUGGGAGCAAACCAACUCGCUCCAAGCUCUACAUUGGCGACUCCCCAGUCUACAGCAGUUGUCAAACCGAACCGAGAUACCCUCUAUGCCAGCGUCUUUUACGACCUAUCGAGCCAGGACCUUGUGGUGGAUGUUCCGGAAGUCAACGACCGCUAUUAUGCUGUCUCUUUUUACACACCGUACGGGGACAAUUAUAUCAACCUGGGUCCAGUUGGCGGUAAUCCGGCUGGCAAGUAUCUCCUAACCCUGGCGCCUUCCAGCAGUGCCAUGGGGACUUUCUCGAAUUCCAGUGGCAAUGAUGGCUAUAUGGGUACCGUGAACUCUCCCACCACUUUUGGUAUCGUUCUGUAUCGAAUUCUCGUCAGGAAUGCAACCAGCGACGUAUCUGUCGUGAGCGAAAUCCUAAAAAGCUACACCAUUACGCCGAUAUCUCGCAAUGCAUCGAUGGUCGGCCCAGCGCUCGACAGUGCCAUAUUCGCAAACCUACCAAAUUCGACGGCGCAGAGCGUGAUGGAGCUAGACGCACGUUUCGAGCCCGUCUCUCCUUACAAUGCUACCGGCGGCAAGUCCCCUCUCACCACAUCCAACUUCACUCAGGCCGGUAUCUCAGGCGGCACGUACACGGCACCACAAUGCGUCAAUAUGACCUCGGCAUGGAUGGCAGCCCAAGCCGCGGUACAGUCGUUCCCUCGCGUGAAUGGGAGCGUGCUGAAUAUGGGUAAUGGGUGGGCUAUCAACAACCCGGAAUUCUCUGGGAUAUACGGCGCCAACAUUGUGGCUCGCGCCUAUAUUGCUCAAUUCGGGUAUCUGAUGCUUCAGCCUUCGCAAGCGAUCUACCCUUCCUUCGCAGGAAACCUCAGCCUAAUGGCCAACGAAUCCUAUGUUCUAAGAUUCUCCGGCAAGCCACCUCUGACGAAGCUCGGGUUUUGGAGUGUUACCAUGUACAAUGCCGCUGGCUAUCUCGUGGACAAUUCCAUCAACAGAUACUCUCUAGGCGACCGCGACAACCUGACUUAUUCGGAUGGCACUCCUGUGUAUGGGCCAGGCAGUGACACCGCGGUGGACAAGCCAUUCGAUAUCCUCGUCCAGGCGGAGCAGCCACCAAGCAAUUGGACGUCCAACUGGCUGCCCUCUCCUUCAGAACCAGGUCCUUUCGUCCUCUUGCUGCGGUGGUAUGUGCCUGCACCGGGGCUUUCGAAUGGAAGCUAUGUCUAUCCCGUUGUAACUAAAGGGGGCGCCAUUACCGGGAACUUGGAGUUGCAGCCUUCGCCAUCUCCAGCUGUCUCACCGUCUGCGGCGUCUGCAGCGCCUUCAUCGGCAUCUGGAACAGCUUCUGCGAGCGCGAGCGCCUCCGCAGCCUCUACCUCGGCGUCAUCUUCCAGUUCCCCCUCGUCGGCUGCAGCGCCUCGACUAAAUCCCCUGACAAGAUAUUCUGAAACGGGUGGGAAGACAGAGCAAGUCUUGAUGCUGCUUGGCGGAAUCGGAUAUCUUGGUCUGCUGCUCUGA